AACGCAAACUGUCAAUGUCACUUGUCAACACAUGAACUCAGUGUACAAUUACAAUAGCGUAAAUACGCUGUUUGUGAUGGGUUCUAUGAAUAUUAACAAAAUAUUAUAAACCUGUGGUUUAUGCCAUCUAAAUUCUUGAUAAACAUAAUAAUAAGAUUACUCUGUCAAUAUGGAUAAGCUGACAGUGAUAUCAGGGACUCUGUUUAUGGCAGCUGAUGUGUUUGCAAUAGUUAGCCUUGCCAUGCCAGACUGGAUAAUUACUGAUGUUGGAGGGGAUACUCGACUGGGGCUCAUGUGGUCCUGUAUUACUCUAUAUAACAGGCCACAAGUAUGCUUCACUCCAGACCUACAACCUGAAUGGCUUCUAGCCCUCAUUUGCAUCUUUAUUGGAUGUAUAUGCAUUACAACAACUGUGAUACUCUUGGCAUCAAGUCACUUUGACCGUAAUGUUAUCCCAUAUGCAAGAUGGGUCGGCUUUGCUGCAAUGGUAGUUUUCUGCUUGGCUGCAGUAAUAUUUCCAAUGGGAUUUCAUGUUGAUGAGAUCGGAGGCCAGCCAUACCAACUACCAAACAGCCAUCAAGUGGGAAUAUCUUACAUAUUAUUUGUUCUCUCUCUGUGGAUAACAGUAAUAUCAGAGCUCUUUGCUGGCAAAGUGUGUCUGCCCCAUUUCUAAGCAUAUAUCAGUGUUAAUAAUGGUAAUUACAUUCCAAUUACUUUUGAAGGCCUCUUUAAGUGGCUCAUUUUUGCAGCAUUUACACUAUGUUAGUUAAUGUGGCUGCCACACUUAUCACAGACAAGUCUAAGUUUCCAAGUAGACAAUACUGUUUGCUUGUUAUAACUAGACUGUGAUGAUACAAUGUGAAAACUUGCUGCUCCAUAGAGAAAGGCUAAAGAUGUAGGUAUACAUUAAUAACUUACCACAAGUACCAUGCUGAAACAUAUACUAGACAAAGAUUGAAGUAGCAGUGUGAGCUAGGAGCAGCUAAUUCCAAAACACUAUUCGACCAUUAUAUGAGUGUAUGAGAUCUGACUUUCAGUAUUGAGAUCUGAUUAUAAUAGUUUUAAUUUUAUGUAUGACUCUAGCAGUAGGUGUUAAUGUUUUUGUAUUAUAUUGAAAAUGUAAUUAUGUUUGAAUAAUUACCUAAAGUAAAACCUACUUAGCUUGUAAAUUAUGAAUAAUUGGUAAUGGGGUAGGUAAUGAUAAAUAGGCUUAUCUAUUGACAAGUAAAUCUUGUCACCAAAAAAGGCGGCAAAUUUGGAAAAUGUAGGGGCAAAGGCACGUAGAGAAUUUGAUUUUCGCGCCUUUCUGUUAGAGACAAGAUUUGCUUAUCUGUCUAUAAAUACCAAACCAACCAACACAUUACAACUGAUGCAGUUUUGAAAUGCUAAUGAAUUUUGCUAAAUUUUUUGUAUCAAAUACUUCAGGCUUCAUCAUAGGCAAGAUACUGGUUUGGUGUCAUCCAUUAAUCCAAGGUUUUGGAAUUCCUCCUCCAAUAUCACACAAGGAGAAGGCUCCUGAAUAUGUACUAUCUCACUGUGCAUGAGACUUUUCUUCAAAAUCAGCUUGAUUUGACUACCUAACAUAAUUUCUAUUUAAAGAAUCCGCUCCCUUAUCGCAAGUAUUGAAUGCGAUGCUCAAUACAGCCCGUGUGUGUGAGAACUGUGUCGCGAGCUUAUGGACGUUUACCUUUAUGGCCGCUGUACACAUGGGGCCAAUGGUUGGGCCAACCCGUGGAGCAGCCCCUUGGCCGAGAUAAGAGUUGCUGUUUACACAUUGGUGAACCAAUCACUUGGCAUUGGCCCUUUAUGAAAGAUGGACGUAGAAUGGAAAAGGCUAGGUAAUUCUAGGUCAUUUACGUUGUCAGCAAAAUUUAAUUAAUAUAAUAAUAACCUCGUGAUAAAAUUAAAUUAUCUGAAAUAUUAAACAUUUUUUGAAUAUUCUGAUAAACACAUUUAUCUUUUUUAGGCAGUACAUUAAACAAUUGCAAGGGUGUUGUAUUUCCUAAAACCAACACUAUUAUUGGCAUAGAUAUACUUAUUAUUUUCGUAAAUCUUUCACUACUGUCCUCUCUGACGGCUGACGACAAACUGAAUGGGGCGCCAAAGUGUGAACGCAGUUGGCCAUUGGCGCCAAGAUCCUUUGAUGUGUGGACAAAAAACCGACACCAGUCGGUUGGCCGGCCAGCGCUGGCGCCAACUGCCAUCGUACGGCCAAGUUUAGUAGCCCUUUACACGCUUGGCCAAGGGGUUGGUCUAACCGUUGGCCCCAUCAUUUGUUAGUCGUAUACCUCGAAAUCAAAAAAUCCUUGUAGCUUUUCACCUAUUCGCGUUUUGCCGCGGUAGCGUAUUUUGUUGUAGCGUGUAAUAUCGGUGGUAUA